GGCAGCAGGGCUGGAGAGACCGCUGGGGAGCAUAGUCGCCAGUCCAGCACGGAGACUCGCCUGGCCAAAGACUGCGCCGCACACUCGCCAGGAUUGCCAAACAUUCCUGAAAAAUAUACCUGCUAUUUAUGGCAUGUGGCUUGUAACUUUACUCCUGCUGUACUCUCUCCAGGAAGUACACAGUGAGGAUGUGGGCUCUACCAGGCUGUACUUUGUGAAGGCGUCCCUCCAGAGGCUGACCUACUCCAGCUCGGUGGGGGUGUCUCUGCCCUGUCCGGCGGGCGGCACCCCCACCGCCAUCCUGCGCUGGUACCUGGCCACCGGCGAUGACAUCUAUGACGUGCCCCACAUCCGUCAUGUCCAUGCCAAUGGCACCCUCCAACUCUACCCCUUCUCUCCCUCCGCCUUCAACUCCUACAUCCACGACAACGACUACUUCUGCACCGCAGAGAACCAGGCUGGCAAGAUCCGCAGCCCCAACAUCAGAGUCAAAGCUGUGUUCAGGGAGCCGUACACGGUGCGUGUGGCAGACCAGCGGUCCAUGCGGGGCAACGUGGCCGUGUUCAAGUGCCUCAUUCCCACCGCCGUGCAGGAGUACGUCAGCGUGGUGUCCUGGGAGAGAGACACCGUUUCCAUCAUCCCAGCUAACAGGUUCUUCCUGACAUCCUUUGGUGCUCUGUACAUCUCAGAUGUCCAGAAGGAGGAUGCCCUCUCCACCUACCGCUGCAUCACCAAGCACAAAUACAGUGGAGAGACACGCCAGAGCAAUGGAGCCAGGCUGUCUGUCAUGGACCCCACAGAGUCGUCUCCCACUAUCCUGGACAGUUUCCUAGCGGGGGAGGUGCGGGCGGGUCUGAGUGUGGAGCUUCCCUGCAUUGCAGCAGGGUACCCCAGCCCCACAGUGCGCUGGCUGAAGGACGGCCGCCCACUGCCUUCCGAUGCCCACUGGACGCGGCGCCUCACAGGUCUGACCAUUAGUGACCUCAGGCAGGAGGACAGCGGCAGCUAUGCCUGUGAGGUCACCAACAGCUUCGGCUCCAAGGAGGUGUCCGGAGCACUCUAUGUCAUAGACCCCCUGCGAGUGACCCUUUCCCCCAAGAGUCUAAAGACGGGCAUCAGCAGUACCCUGUUCUUUACCUGUGCUGUGGAGGGUUCUCCAGAGUACACAGUGGCCUGGUACAGGAACACAGACCCUAUAAUCCCAGAUCAGCACAUCUCUAUCCAGGGCCCCCACAACGACACCCUGCAGAUCACAGCGGCUCAGAAGAGCCACUCUGGGGCCUACCAGUGCUUCGCCUCCCGCAAGGGCCACACUGCCCAGGACUUCUCUAUCAUACUGCUGGAGGAUGGUACUCCUCGUAUCGUGUCGUCCUUCAGUGAGCGCGUGGUCGCCCCCGGGGAGCCUUUCUCCCUGAUGUGUGGCGCCAAAGGAGCCCCACCACCUUCCAUCACCUGGACGCUGGACGACGAGCCUGUGGUGCGAGACUCCGCCUACAAGACAAGCCAGUACACCCUAUCAGACGGCCUGACCGUGUCACAUGUCAACGUAAGCAGCCCGGCCAUCCGCGACGGGGGAGUGUAUCGCUGCGCUGCACGCAACUCGGCCGGUAGCGCCGAGUACCAAGCGCGCAUAAACGUAAGAGGUUCUCCUAGGAUCAGGGAGAUGCGUGACAUCACGGCUGUAGCUGGAAGGAACACCUUUAUAACCUGUCGUGUGAUUGGUUACCCAUACUACUCUAUCAAGUGGUUUAAGGACGGCAUGCUGCUGCCUGACAACCAUCGCCAGGUUGUGUAUGAGAAUGGAACCCUGAGGCUGAGUGAUGUGCAGAAGGGCAUGGACGAGGGUACCUACCUGUGUAGUGUGCUCAUACAGCCACAGACCUCCAUUGACCAGACUGUCCACGUCACUGUGAAAGUGCCGCCCCUGAUCCAGCCCUUUGACAUCCCUUCCACGUCGGUGGGAAAGCUGAUGUACAUCGCCUGCGUGGUGUCGUCAGGUGACAUGCCUAUCCGCAUCACCUGGCACAAAGAUGGGCAGCUUAUCGUGCCUGGCUCCGCCUCCGGCGUUGGCAUAGAGACCAAGGAGUUCAUGAGCUCCCUGCAGAUCUCCAAGGUGACCCUGAAGCACAACGGCAACUACACCUGCAUUGCUAGCAACGCCGCGGCAACCGUCAGCUGGGAGAGACAACUGAUCGUCACCGUUCCCCCUCGCUUCGUGGUACAGCCUAACAACCAGGAUGGGAUCUAUGGGAAGGCAGGAGUACUCAACUGCUCUGUGGAGGGAUACCCUCCUCCCAAAGUCAUGUGGAAACACGCCAAAGGUAUAGGGAACCCCCAGCAGUACCACCCUGUGCCUCUGACUGGUCGGAUCCAGAUCAUGGGGAACGGCUCCCUGCUGAUCCGUCAUGUCCUGGAGGAUGACCGGGGAUACUACCUCUGUCAGGCCUCCAACGGAGUGGGCUCUGACAUCAGCAAGAGCAUGGUUCUUACUGUCAAGAUUCCAGCCAUGAUCACGUCACACCCCAACACCACCAUGGCCAUCAAGGGCCAGGUGAAGGAGCUGAACUGCACAGCGCGGGGAGAGCAGCCCAUCAUCAUCCGCUGGGAGAGGGGCGACACCGUCAUCGACGCCGAGAGGAACCCCCGCUACUCCAUCACCAUCAACAAGAAAGGGGACGAGGUCAUCUCCACGCUCAAGCUGAAGCCAGCGGAGCGCGGGGACUCAGUCUUCUUCUCCUGCCAUGCCAUCAACUCAUACGGAGAGGGGCGAGGACUCAUCCAACUUACCGUGCAAGAGCCUCCUGACCCUCCUGAGUUGGAGGUGAGAGAGGUGAAGGACCGCAGUAUGAACCUGCGCUGGAUCCAGAGGUUCGACGGCAACAGCAUCAUCACCAGCUACGACAUUGAGUAUAAGAACAAGUCUGAUACUUGGGAUCACAAGUACACCACCAGGAACAUCUCCCCCACUAACAACCAGGCUAACAUCGUGGAGCUGCACCCUGCCUGUGUCUACAGCAUCCGCAUGUACUCCUUCAACAAGAUCGGACGCAGCCAGCCUAGCAAGGAGCUCACCAUCAGCACUGAGGAAGCACAACCUGAUGGGCCCCCUAUGGAUGUGAUCCUCCAGCCAAUGACGUCGCAGAGCAUACGGGUCACAUGGAGGGCCCCCAGGAAGGAGCUUCAGAACGGGGUGAUCCGGGGCUACCAGAUUGGUUACCGUGAGAACGGGCCGGGCAGUAACGGCCAGUACAGCAUUGUGGAGAUGAAGGCCACAGGGGACAGCGAGGUGUACACUCUGGACAACCUGAAGAAGUUUGCCCAGUAUGGAGUGGUGGUCCAGGCCUUCAACAGGGCUGGUACUGGCCCCUCUAGCACUGAGAUCAACGCUACCACACUGGAGGAUGUGCCCAGCCAGCCACCCCAGAACGUGCGGGCCAUCUCGGUGACGUCAGACGAGGCGGUGAUCACGUGGGCGGAGCCCCCGCGUCUGACGCUGCAUGGCGUGCUGAAGGGCUACCGCGUGGUGUUCUGGUCCCUCUUCCCUGACGGAGGUGGGUGCUGUGGGGGCCAGGCACAGGGGCCCAUGCAGAAAUGGGGAGAGAUGCAGAACAUCACUACAACUCGUGAGCAGGUGGAGCUGAGAGGGCUGGAGAAGUUCACUAACUACAGUGUCCAGGUGCUGGCCUACACACAGGCUGGGGACGGGGUCAGGAGCAAUGUCCUGUACAUCCAAACCCGCGAGGACCUCCCAGGUCCUCCAGCUGGUAUCAAAGCCGUGCCCUCAUCUCCCAGCAGUGUGGUCGUGUCCUGGCUACCCCCCCAUAAACCCAAUGGUGUCAUCCGCAAGUACACCAUCUACUGCUCCAGCCCAGGCUCCGGACAGCCGGCUCCCAGUGAGUAUGAGACCAACCCAGAGAUGUUGUUCUACAGGAUCACCCAUCUGACCCGCGGUAAACAGUACCUCAUCUGGGCCGCCGCUGUGACAACCGCUGGCCGCGGCAACAUCAGCGAAAAGGUCACCGUGGAGCCUGCUGGGAAAGCCCCAGCUAAGAUCCUGUCGUUCGGGGGCACAGUGACCACUCCCUGGAUGAAGGAGAUCCGUUUGCCUUGCAGCUCAGUGGGAGAACCCACCCCCACCUUCAAAUGGACCAAAGACAGUGAGUACACGGCUAUUCCUGUGACUGUGGACGGACAGCGUCAGAUCCUGUCCAAUGGUACUCUAGUGCUACGUUCCGUCAAAGCUGAGGAUUCUGGGUACUACACGUGCACGGCCACCAACACGCUGGGCUUUGACACCAUCAUUGUCAACCUGCUGGUGCAAGUUCCUCCAGACCAGCCCCGUCUGACCGUCUCCACCACCUCUACCUCUUCCAUCACCCUGGCCUGGAUACCUGGGGACAACGGAGGCAGCUCCAUCAGAGGUUUUGUCCUGCAGUACUCGGUAGACAACACAGAGGAGUGGAGGGAUGUGUUCAUUACUUCCACUGAGCGUUCCUUCAGGCUGGACAACCUGCGCUGUGGCACCUGGUACAAGGUCAAACUGGCAGCCAAGAACAGUGUGGGUUCAGGACGCAUCUCUGAGAUCAUCGAGGCCAAGACGCACGGACGAGAGCCUGCGUUCAACAAGGAGCAGCCCCUGCUCACCCACAUCAACUCCACCCACGCGGGGCUCAACCUGCAGGGUUGGACCAGCGGAGGCUGCCCCAUCACCGCUCUGCUGCUGGACUUCCGGCCCAAGGGCACGUGGGCCUGGCAGAGCCUGAAGGCCAACGCCACAGCCCAGCUCUUCCUCAGCGAGCUGCGGGAGGCCACCUGGUACGAACUGAAGAUGAAGGCCUGCAACAGUGCCGGCUGUGGGAACCAGAGCUCCCAGUUCGCCACCACAGACUACGAUGGCAGUACCAUCCCUCCUAUAAACUCGGCCCAGGAGGACAGAGACGAUGUGAAGAAGCUGUUCUCCAUAGGCUCUCCUGUCAUCCUGGUCACCCUGGGCGUCGCCCUGCUCUUCAUCAUCCGCAAGAAACGCAAGGAGAAGAGACUGAAACGACUCAGAGAUGCUAAGAGCCUUGCAGAGAUGCUUAUCAGUAAGAACAACCGCAGCAUGGACACCCCAGUGAAAGGUCCUCCCCAGGGUCCCCGGCUCCACAUCGACAUACCCCGUGUCCAGCUGCUCAUCGAGGACAAGGAGGGGAUCAAACAGAUAGGUGAGGACAAGGCAGCGGCCCCAGUGACGGACACCGAGUUCAGCCAAUCUGUGAAUCCACAGAGCUUCUGCACGGGCGUGUCUCUGCACCACCCCGCCCUCAUCCAGAACACAGGGCCAUUGAUUGACAUGUCAGACAUCCGCCCUGGAACCAACCCAGUGUCGAGGAAGAGUGUGAAGUCGGCCCACAGCUCCAGGAACCGUUACUCCAGCCAGUGGACCUUGAGCAGGCCGGGCCAGAGCCAAUCAACAGCCUCCGCAAGAACUCUGACCUCUGACUGGCGCACCAUGGGCUCUCACGGCAUCACCGCCACCGAGAGUGACAGCUACAGCGCCAGCCUGUCGCAGGACACUGAUAAGGGUCGUAACAGCAUGGUGUCCACAGAGAGUGCGUCGUCUACGUACGAGGAGCUAGCGCGGGCCUACGAACACGCCAAACUGGAGGAGCACCUGCAGCAUGCCAAGUUCACUAUCACAGAAUGUUUCAUCUCCGACAGCUCCUCUGAUCAGAUGACCACUGGCACCAACGACCCGGCCGACAGCAUGACAUCACUCAGCACGCCGUCCGAAACAGGCCUUUGUCGCUUCACCGCCUCGCCACCCAAACCCCAAGACUAUGACCGCGGCAGACCUACCAAUGUGGCCGUGCCCAUCCCCCACCGCGCCAACAAGAGUGAAUUCUGCAACCUCCCACUCUACAUGAAGACAGACCCUUUCUUCAGGAAACAGGCAGAACUGCAUGACCCGUGCCCUGCUGUACCGCCCCGGGAGGCCUCCAUCCGCAGCCUGGCACAGCGGGCGUACCACACCCAGGGCCGUCACAUGACUCUGGACCCGUCCAAGCAGCAGGCCCUGACGCUGGGACACUCUGGGCUGGGCAGCUUGGGUGUGAGCUCAGGUACUGCCACCCUGCCCCAGAGGACUCUCACUAUGCCCAGCUCCAACCCUGCAGCCACAGCCUCCACCUCCAGCACCAGCAGUAAUCCCACUGGCUCCAGCACCAAGAUGGGGGGCUCCAGAGACUCACUGCUAGAGAACAGCUCCUCAGCGUUGGGCAGACUGCAGAAGCAAGGGGUCGGGGCCUACUCCAAGUCUUACACACUGGUGUAGCUACUAGCCCCCCUUCUCUCUCUCAAAGACUAUACACUCCUGUCUGGCCCGGCCCUACACCAGUGUUCUACACAUCAGGUCAGGGUGGGUAUGUAGUGCAGUGCAGUGCAGCAGGUGUCCCCAGCUAACAGCUAACUACUGUAACAGCUAAUUACCCAGUAGCUUGAGUAGUCUUUAUUCUGACCUUGGGUUCUGCCUCCCAGGAAUGACCAGAGACCAUUGUAACCUGCCUGAUUCAUGCUCACCUGGACCUGUAUAAAACAAACUACUAUCUACUGACUACCAGUUAGCCUGCUGCCAUGCUAGCAUGCUGCUCAGUAUCCGGGGACGUAUCCACACACACACACACACUCACACACACACACACACACACACACACACACACACACACACACACACACACACUCACACUCACACGCACACACACACACACACACACACACACACA